AUGUCCAACAAUAAUAUAAUAUCUAAUAAUCUUGAUAAUAAUAAUAAUAACAGUAAUAACAACAAUAACAAUAAUAAUAACAGAAAUCAAACUAAAACUGGUGAAAAGAAAAAAAGUGCCUUUAUUUAUAAAUUGCACUCAAUGUUGGCUGACCCACAGCUAAAUCAUCUCUUAUGGUGGACAAGAAAUGUCGAAGAUGGAACCUUCGCUCUAUGCCCCUCUUCUGAAUUUGCUGAUGCCUUAACCAGUUAUUUCAAUCACAAAAAUGUGGCAAGCUUUGUCAGACAAUUGCAUAUGUAUGGCUUCCACAAAGUUUGUGAAAGAACUUCAAAUAACCUAAAUUCAAAAAAGAAAUCUCUCUCGAUCACUUCGGCUAAUAACAAUAACGAAGACAAUGAUCCUUCUUCCACAAAUCACUCAAACAUCGCAAGCAAUCAUAAAAAUAGCAAUAACCAAAUAUGGGAAUUUCGACAUUCAAGUGGAAAAUUUAGAAAAGAUGAUGUUGAAAGUUUGUCUCAAAUAAAAAGAAAACAACCCCCUGGCUCAAAAAAUUCAAGAGCAAGAAGUAAUACUGAUCUGAUAAUUUUAUCUGCUUCUUCCAUUCAACAAAAUACAAAUAACCCUUUAUUGAUCCAGCCAAACCUCCAAAAUCAACAAUUGUACUAUCAAUCUCAACCCACAUUACAGCAACAACAACAGCAACAACUAUACUACCAACAAAGUCAACCUUUGGUUCAAUCAAAUAUCAUACCUAACCACUCUCAUAUAUACCAACCACAGUCUCAACAUCAACCCCAACACAUCCCACAACCUCCUGUGCAUCCUCAACAACUACCUCCUCCAUUACCACCACCAUCUCAAAGCCAAAUUCCCUUCAAUUACAAUGAUCUGUUACCUCCACCUCCACUUCAUCUUCAAUCGUCAACUUAUCAACCACAAGAAAAAAUGAUACCGAAAAGUCAGUCCUUAUCUUCAAAACCACCUGUAUUUUCUCAACAACCUCAAUAUCCAAUCCAGUACCAACAAUUUCAGCAGCAGCAGCAGCCACCACUGCUACUACCACUACCACCACUACCGCAGCAGCAACAACAACAAUUACAUUACAGACAACCGCUAGAACAGCAGCAAUCUCAAAUAUUAACACCUCAACACCAAAGCCAGCCUGAAUAUUUUAAAUCACACCAACCACCAGAAUUUCAGUCCCCGGCUCCAGCUCACCAAGUGAAUUCUGUUCAAUCACAAAAUCAACAAGAAUCUGAUCCAUACCAGUACUAUUCUCAAAACAAAUCUUUUCAACUGCAAGAUCAUCAAUACAAUCAAAGAAAUAGUCCAAGCAAUCAACUUCGAGAGCAAACUUACUACUCGUCUUUUCCUCCUCCACCACCACUGGCAACCAAUCAGCCUAUUGUUGAUACUUUUCAUAAAGUACGUUCAUUAUCGGAUGAAAUACACCAUGAACAAAGCUUUUUAGCAUCAGAUAUAAGCAAAUUUAAAAAUGAAGUUCGACAUACUUCAACUGAUCUUGUGAAAUUUGCAAAUUCUUUGCCUAAUAUUGAGCCUGUCGUUCAUAAAUCUCAAAAUGAUACUUUUAAUGAGAUAAAUAGUUUAAAACAAAAUUUCAAUUCAAGAGCAAGCUCAUUAGGUUCAAAGCUACCAUAUGAUUCACACUACAGCUCUUCCAAAGUUCUUUUCUCACAGAACCGAGCUCAGAGCUAUCCAUAUCAACACUCAACAACAUUAAAUGACAAUAAAAACGAUGGAGCAAAAAUUGAAAAACCUUUACUUGAAAUUAACGUGCAAGUUCCUCAAAGUAAUGAACUUCAAGAAAACGAUGCCUUUAAAUCAAGCUCAGGCGAUGAACCACCUCCUCAACCAAUAAGAAGAGCCAGAACUCCUACACCUUCUCCUUUGUUUUUUUCUAAACCUCAUUUCAGAACAGCAAAAGCUACAAGCAAAGAAAAAUCACCUACUUUCAGCGAAACUUCUUUAACUCGAACGAGGUUUCCUUCUAUUUUAGAUCCUUUAGCCCCAGCUCCACAAAAUCGAGAUCUACUUUCAAUUCCUCAGAAUACUUAUCAUUCAAAUUUAUCUUCUUCAAGCAAUCUAAGUCUAUCCCCCCCUGUUACUUCAACCAGUUCACCUAGAGUAUCACCUCCCAAACCUUUUCUUUCGCAUAGAAAUUUUUCCAGCUCUAAUGAAAGUCUUAAUACUUUGAAACCACAUUCAUCUGUGUCGUCUCCUUAUUCAUCUAGAGCAUAUCAAUCAAGAGAUUUUCGUGUUCCAACUUCAGAUUCUCACUUUUUGAGGACCUCAAAUAGCCUACCACAAAUUAAACCCGAUAAUACAUUAUCAUUUAAUUCUAAACCUGAUUAUCUAAACUACAAUAAAAAAACUUUAAUGCAACUGAAAUCUGAUUCUACGCUCAGUCAUGAAAAAAAUCCUGCUAGUAUUAUUAAUAUUCUCAAUACCGAUAAAGAUGAAGGUUUUGGGAAUCUUAAAAAAAGAAAAUCUUCUGAAGAUAUAAAUGCCAAAGAGCCUGAAAAAGUUUCAUACAAUAAUCCCAUGCCUACUGCUUACGAUACUAGACAGAAGUUGAGUGAAAGCAACAUCAACAAAGUUAUAUCACUUCCUCCUUACAAUCUGCCUUCGCAACAAACUCAAUAUGGGAGAAAAGUUACUUUGCCUUCUAUCAAUGAACUAAAUCAUUCACUAACAAACGAUACAGAGGGACAGGUCAGAAGCUCUUUGAUAGAAAUACAUAAGAAAAAUGAUGGAAAAAUAUCUUCCUUAGUGUCAAAUUUUACAUCUAACUCUAUAUUUUCAAAUAAUUCAUCAAUCAGCUCUGUUGGAUCAUCAAUUGGUAGUUUCAGUAUGUUUACAGGACAAGAUCAUAACAAAAUACCAUUUUCUAACCAGGGAGGCUCACUUACUCGAUUACCACCAGUUACAAACUUGAUUUUUCAAUCAAAUCAUAACGAGCAACCUGAGAAAUACGACAAAGAUGCUAAUGCUGAAAGUGCUAGAAAAGUCCCAAUUUCCUCGAUUAUUGACUCGAAUUCAGAGCAAACUCAUGAACAAGACAAAAGAAGAAAAAUUAAUGAAUGA